GGGGUGGGAUCCACAUCCUCAGAGGUAGGCUGUGCUGGAGGUGGAGCGACGAGCCCAGGCCUCGGGAGGGGGAAGGGCGGUGUCAGGGCGGAUCUCGGGGCGGGGCCUCAGCGGGCCACGGGCCGUUGGACUGGGCUCUCGGCACUCCCUCACUCCCGCCAUGCCCCAUCUCAGGACCCCGCCGAGCCGCGGGAAGCUUCGGCUGGAGCGAUGCCCCAGAAACGGCGGCGGCGAGGCUGCGUUCGGGGAGUCCCCGGCCGGGAGGAAGGCCGGGCCAGCAGGCGUAGCGUCUUCCCGUUCGGCCUCCUGCCGGUGGACUGCCAGCUGCACAUCUUCUCCUUCCUGACGGAGGCGGAGAAGUGCACGGCGGCUGAGGUGUGCCUCGCCUGGAGCCAGCUGAUGCGCACGCCCCGCCUGUGGCGCACGGCCGACUUCAUGCGGCUGGGCGCCUUCCAAUCGGGCCUCGAGGUGGUUUUGGUGUCGGCGCGAGAGUUUGAGCGCUGGAAGGACUGGGUGCACCAGUAUGCCUACCACCUCAUGGCCCGCGGAGCCAGCCUGCUGCGACUCCGAGCCAGCUUCGAUCUGGCUGACCAGGGGGCCCGCUGGGCCGACUUCCUCUCUGGCUUCCUGGAGGGUGUCCACUGCGGGGAUCUGCGGGACCUGGAGCUCAACUGGACCCUGACGCACCUGGAGCCGCCUGACUUCUACCCCCCGGGCACGUGCAGCAUGACCCAGGUGAGCCUCACCAAGCUGGAUCAGAUCCACAACUUCCAGAUGCUGCUGGAGAGGCUGCUGAUCCGGGCACCUCGCCUUAGCCGGGCCAAGCUCCCUUUUGAUUGGUCGGCCCGAUCAGUGGCGCUGCUGACGCGCUUCCAGCAGCUCCAUACCCUGGAGCUCAAAUACUUCUGGAGCUUUAAGGGGGUGUGUCCAGACACCAUGCAGGAACUGACCAAGGCCCUGCCCAAUCUCAAGACCCUGGUCCUGCACGUACUCGUGCCAGUCAAGGACCUGGGUGUAUCCUAUGCGCUCGAGUCCCGAUCCCUGGAAACUCUAGAUGUGUCCCAGAGCCGGGGCCUAGUCUUCCGCCACCUUGACCUGCCAGCCCUUAAAGCCCUUCGUGUGAAGAAGACAGUCCGGGGCAUCAUCCUCAACUGCCGUACUCGCCUGGCCCUGCAGAGCCGCUGGGCUUGCCUCUACACUCUCUUGUGCCGGGGGACUCCCAAUCUGAGAAUCUUCAAUAACCAGAUCCUGCUGCCUCACUGGCGGGAGCAGGCCUAUAAGGAACUACAUGCCUUAUUACUCCAGGCCUGCUACUGUACCCGCCACUCAGAUACCUGGCUCCUAUGAGGGAGUCUGGGAGGUACCCCCUUCCUCUAUGUCCUUAGCUCUCAGGGUAUGGGCCCACCAAACAGUAGAGAAAUCAGUUGUUACCCCCAUCCCUCAAAAAGCACCAAGUUGGAGUGGGAAGAGGGGAAGCGGGAUCAGGGCUGAGGAAAUGCCGAACAGGGGGAGGUUGGUUGGGUUCUUGGGGACUAUUUGUAAUGGAGGACACCUUUACAUUGGUAUUGCCUUUAUUUUUCUUCGUGUUGUGGUCUGUGAUUGUCUGUGAUAGGUGAUGGGGUGGACUGAUGGGGUCAUGACCAAAAAGUUCAGGUUUUGCACAAUGACUCAUGGGUCCUAGAAUGACAAAUACCCCCUCUUCCCCCAGGAAAAGGGACCUCCUCCCCUUGAAAGUUGAACUUCAGGGCCUAGAAAAACAAUUCUGUCAUGUCCAUGUCAUCAUGGACA